AUGGGCCUUUUCUCAAGAAAACCAUCAGAAUCUCAGAAAUUGAGUGAUGGUAAGAAUUUAAUUGUUUGCAACAAGAUAAUUCGGUCUCCACCUGAGAAAUAUGGGAAAGCUCCAGCUUUAGAAAAACUCAGUCGAGAUCAAUGGGAGGCCUAUCGUCAAGUACUCAACCAUUUCAGGGAUCCAGCUUUAUUACUCCCAUCAAUUUCACGUGGCGGCUAUAAAGCAGAUACCACGAAAAGCCAUGAAGAAAGAUGCCUCUCUUCGUGGGAGAAGUUCUGGCUCUCGCGAGAGUGCUUGAUAAGAUACCUACGCGCUAAUGAUUGGGAGGUAAAUGAAGCCAUCACAAAGUUGGUCAAUACUUUGGUGUGGAGGCGUGAAUUUGGUAUCACCUAUGACAAUUUUGGCUCUCAUGAGUUGGAGCCAGAGGAUAUAGAAGAAGAAAACGCAACUGGCAAGCUUCUGAUUUUAGGCUAUGAUCGUCAUCGUAGACCUCUUUUGUACAUGAAAAAUGGCCGCCAAAAUACCAAAACAAGUUUUAAGCAAGUUCAACUACUGGUCUACAUGGUGGAAAGCACAAUUACGAUGAUGCCGCAAGGUGUCGAGACGAUGACAGUUUUAGUCGACUACAAACAAUACAAAGAACCGGGUAUAAUAACACCUUCCAUGCCACCCAUCUCAAUAGGUAAACAAAUACUGCAUAUUGUGCAAAAUCACUAUCCCGAGUGUCUCGGAAAAGCCUUGCUAGCUAACAUUCCAUGGUUCGCAUGGACUUUUCUUAAGCUUCUUCAUCCACUAAUAGAUGCAAAAACCAGGGAAAAGCUAGAGUUCGAAGGUUCCUUUGCAACUCAUGUAGAGCCCACUCAAUUGGAAGCCGUUUACAAUGGAAGACUAAACUUUCACUAUAACCAUGAAGUCUACUGGCCAGAUUUAAUAAAAGUUGUACGCGAACGCAGACAAAUGAUGUACGAAAGAUUUCUCAAAUUCGGUGGUAGUGUAGGACUGAGCGAAUACGAUUUCAAGGGCUCAGACGAUACAAUUCACUAUCCAGUAGAUUACUCUUACGGCUACACCGAUAGCACCUGA